UUUGAAAAAUAGGAUUUUGAACGCCGGUAGGUGUCGUUUAGUCGACAUAUUAUUAUCGCCUUCAUUCAAGGUCCUGCCUCCUGCCUUUGAACGUCAAAGCUUCUCUUAAGGAAUUCUUAUUACUUAAGUUUUGUUCGCCAUGAUUCGCUUAAUCAAUAAAGCUGCCAGUCUUAAUCUCAAGUGCAAUCUCAACUCUGUGGCUGCAAGGUGCAUGUCAGCAGCACCUUCUUCAGGACUGCCUUCACCUCAAACAAAUCCAGAAAUUCUAUAUACAGGAGUGUUUAUUAACAAUGAGUGGCACAAUUCUGUGUCUGGUAAAACUUUUCCAGUAUAUAACCCUUCCACUGGUGAAGCAAUUGCAAAUAUACAAGCUGCUGAAAAGGAGGAUGUUAACAAAGCUGUGAAAGCUGCCCAAAAUGCAUUUCAGUUGGGUUCUACUUGGAGAACCAUGAAUGCUUCUUCACGAGGAAAUCUCUUGAAUCGCCUAGCAGACCUCAUGGAGAGGGACCGGGUUUAUUUGGCUAGUUUGGAAACCCUGAACAAUGGAAAACCUUACAGUGCAGCAUAUGCUGCUGACUUGGAGCUGAGCAUCAAAUGCUUGCGUUAUUACGCCGGGUGGGCCGAUAAGGUCCAAGGAAAAACCAUCCCAGUUGACGGAUCUUUCUUUGCAUUUACUCGCCAUGAACCCGUCGGAGUUUGCGGACAAAUCAUUCCAUGGAAUUUCCCGUUAUUGAUGCAAGCAUGGAAAUUGGGUCCAGCUCUAGCCACAGGAAACACUGUCGUCAUGAAGCCAGCUGAGCAGACACCCUUAACUGCCCUUUACGUUGCUGAGCUUAUCAAAGAAGCUGGAUUUCCUCCAGGAGUAGUUAACAUUGUACCUGGUUUCGGACCGACGGCUGGAGCUGCCAUUGCGUCACACAAAGGUGUCGAUAAAGUGGCAUUUACUGGAUCUACCGAGAUUGGACACCUGGUCAUGACAGCAGCAGCUCAAUCAAACUUGAAGCGCGUGACAUUGGAGCUUGGUGGCAAGUCACCCAACAUUAUUUUCAAGGAUUGCGAUCUCGAUCACGCAGUGGAAACCGCUCAUUUUGGAUUGUUCUUUAAUCAGGGUCAAUGCUGUUGCGCCGGAUCUCGCAUUUUCGUGGAAGAUUCGAUCUAUGACGAAUUUGUCGAGCGGAGCGUCGAACGUGCCAAAAAGAGAAAUGUGGGCAAUCCGUUUGAUUUGAACGUCGAACAAGGACCUCAAGUGGACGAAGAUCAGUUCAAAAAGAUCCUGGCACUCAUCGACACGGGUAAGAGAGAAGGUGCCAAACUUCUAACUGGCGGUCAACGAUACGGAGACCGCGGUUAUUUCAUCCAGCCGACCGUGUUUGCUGACGUCAAAGAUGACAUGACCAUCGCCAGAGAAGAGAUCUUUGGACCAGUGCAACAAAUUUUGAAGUUUAGCUCGAUGGAAGAGAUCGUCGAACGCGCCAACAAGACCAUCUACGGCCUGGCAGCUGCCGUCUUCACCAAGGAUUUGGACAAGGCCAUGUAUCUCUCUCAAGGACUUCGCGCCGGAACUGUCUGGAUCAAUUGUUACGACGUUUUGGAAGCGCAAACGCCUUUCGGAGGCUUCAAAAUGUCGGGUAUCGGCCGUGAGUUGGGCGAAUAUGGCCUCCAGGCCUACACGGAAGUCAAAAGCGUCAUCGUCAAGAUGCCCCAGAAGAACAGCUAAACGUUUUCUUCUGAAAAAUGAUUGGUCGAGGGAGUAAUUUGUUGAACAAUGUUUUAUUGUUUUCCGUUUAACUGUUGCCUAGGUGGAUGAAAUCUUUGAGCGCAAUAUAUCUCUCUCUCUCUCUA